CGACGAAGGCGAUGACAUUAUACGGUUUACCUUCAAGCUGUACUGAAGUGAUGGGUCCGUUGACGAACUCGCAAAAGGAUGCAAGGUUUCUAGGAAGAUGCUCGGAGGGUACGGCGAGAGUACGGCGACUUUGCCCUUCUUCGUCCCGUUAGCGCCAGACCAAGACAGAGCCGUUCACGUGAAAGACUUCCUCGAGGUUUGGUCGGUUACAUUCCGCCCUAGCCAUGGCAUGGACGUGGACCCUGGAACAUCAACAAGUGGUCCUGUUGGGUUCGCGGGAGGAGACCAUUUUGGCGAAGGUGUGGGAGGGGAGUGUGGACUGCCCGGUACGCCUCCUGAUCCACCAGUGGGCAGAGGACGAGCUUGUGAAUGCGCCUUUGAAACCCGGCUUGCAGGGAUCUCGCCGCCAAGGUUUGCUUGGGGAGCCGCCAUUUUCGACGUCGCUUGGUGGCGGGGUUCACAAACGGUUGGAAAAGGCCUCAGGUUCGAAGUCUCCCCGUCGCCUCGUAGACAUGAUCAGUGAUUUGGUUCGUGGCAGAAAGGUGGUCGAGUCGACGGGCAUUCGACCGGGUAGCUCGGAGGUUCGACAGGUGCGUGGGGUGGACGAGACGACUCGGUCGGCCCGCCCUGCUCCUAUACAGCUGCAGACGGAGGCAAACCCUCAACGAGAGGCAGGUGGGAACGUCACAAGUGAGGAGGAGCUACUCGAGUUGGGGGCAAUUCUUCAGAGCUCGCCUGAAACGACUCAGUCGGGAGGCAAGCGCAAUUUGCCAGUUGACGAAGUGCGGGAGGGAGUAGCGACUCUGAAAAGGCAAAGAGGAAGUGGUCGCACGCCGACGACACAAGAGCGCAGUUCCGUUGGGAAGAGGAAAAAGGUUGGAGGGAGAGAUGAUAUGCCGAAAGACUCCUCAACACGGCGAAGAACCGGUGAGUCUUCCAGGAAGAGGUCGAAGUUGAUGAAGGAGAAGAAAGCAGAUGAGGGCGAUACCGGGAGGGGGACGCAACGCGAACUGAACCUAAAUAUAUUUAACAUCGACAAAGCGUUCUUCCUGGAGAUGAAGACGGGGGUGCAGAAGGACGUCGUGUUGCACGUCCAUCCCGGAAGAAUCUUGCAUAUUCCAGACUGGGAAGACGCAUAUAGCCACCGAUCCUUGGACGAGUUCUUCGUGGAUACCAUCGCGGCUGCUAUGAUCGACUGUUACGAACGUCAAGACAUGAGAUAUACAAAGCCGACUUUCAUUCUGACACUGAUCGUCGCGCCACUGGAGAAGGACAAACCUGCUGUGUGCGUGCUACCUCAAGACUUCGACGCCUCACAUCCCGAAAAAUACUGGUAUUAUCCUGUGUGUGGUCAGCCUAACGUGAGGGCGGCGAUGAAGGUGAAAGACGAUCCCGUGUUCAAUUACAACAACUUCAAAGAAUGGUCAUUAAAACCAAUUUACUUCCCAGACGACGAGUUCGAUGGCUACGCCUAUGUCAGUUGCGAAGACAACUUGAAAGACAAGAAAAAUCCACCAAGGUUGCAGAUUUUGUCCAUGCGGGACAUUCGCAUUAUCUGGAAAAUUAAAGGGAGACCGCGUGUCAUCCUCGGUAAUGCGUCCAAGAAAAAGGAGGAGGUGCGUAAGUGGACUCAGUUCAUGGGCUUAGCAAUGAAGAAGACACCGUACACCCCUUUAUGGAGCUUGUCAACGUAAGAAAAGAAGAAAAAGAAAUGAACCGAGAAACUUCAG